UUGGCUUUUUCAAUAAUUAAAACUUUUGUUAUAUGAAUGCAUGUAUUUAAAUGCUUUUAUCAAUAAAUGAAUUAAAUGAAUAUUUUUAUAAUGAAUAAUAUAAAGAAAUUAAAAAUACAAAACUAAAAAUUUUUUGUUCAGCAUAUACUAAUGUUUUAAAAAGUGUUGAAAAAUGUACUUUGUAAAAUAUUGUAAAUUUAAACUAAUUAUAAUAAUUAUCAUAAUAAGCUUUUGAUUGUUACGAAUAGCAUGAUGCUCAUGAAUAUUUAAUAUAUUUUUUAAAUUAAUUAGAUGAUGAAUUAAAUGAAGUAGUUUAAAAAAUAAAAUAAGAAGAUAAGAAUAAUAAGAAAGCGCUUUUAUAAUAUUAAAAUGAAAAUAAAAGUAUUAUAAAUAAUUUAUUUUACGGGUAAAUUGUUUCAAAUAUAAUAUGUGAAAACUGUAAGCAUAUAUCGAAUGUUUUUGACCCUUUUUUAGAUUUAUCUUUAUCAAUAGAACCUACACUUGUAUAAUGCUUGAAGUUUUUCUUUUAAAGUUAAAUUUUGGAAGGAUAUUAAUGUGAUAAAUGUAAUAAAAAGCAUGGAGCUGUGAAAAAUAAUAAAGUUAGUAUUUUGCCAAAAAUAUUGUGUUUACAUUUAAUGAGAUUUAAAAUUUAUCCUACUAAAAUGAAAAUUAAUCAAAAAGUUAACUUUUAACAAUUUAUUGAUUUAAAAGAGUUAAGUAUUGUUAAAUAGAUUAUUAGGGAAAUACUAAAUACUAAUUAAUAGGAUAAAUUGUCCAUUUUGGAGGAAUGGAAUAUGGGCAUUAUAUUAAUUUCAAUAAAAGAAAUGAUAAAUGGUGGAUUUGUGAUGAUGAAAAUAUAGAGUAAUGUAAAUAAGAAGACGCUUAAAAUUAAUAAGCAUAUUUACUUUUUUAUAGAUAAAUUUGAAAAGAAGAACAAAGUU